CCUAUUGGCCGCUGCGGAACUCAAAAUCAACUGUUAACUAACAAAAAGGGAAAAACAUAGAGCGCGAUAAUAAGCAUUUCAAGUCCGGGUUCCCUGUCAUUGAGGCCGCGCUCAUCUUUAUCCUUGCUCGAUCAAAUCUAUUUUUCUGAAUUACACUCAAAUUUCUGUCAAAAUUACUUCCUGGAUCUUUCAAAAGGGUACAAACUUCUCUGAAUUCGAUGUACUCAAUGUACCUCAUCAAAAUUGUCGUGGAGGGCUCAAAAUUCCAAGCUUGAAGCAUCCUAUUGUUCUUUUUUUGGAGCUUUGAAGAUUAAAUUUUCGCUUGGAUAGCAAAGGAUUGGCUGUCAAAUUAUCGGGUUUUGAAUGCUGCCGAGUGCUCAAAGUUCGAGCCUUUCUCAUGGGUGUUUCUGACCUUCGAAUUCGCUAAUUUGGACCAACUCGUACCCCUUCACGCUUCAAAUUCGAAGAAUUUUAGCCAAAAAAUUAUAGUUUUUAACUGUCAAGGUGCUAGCAGUUCUUUUUUUAAAAAAAAAAAAGUGGUCAAUUUCAGGGGUUACUGAGUAUUUUAGGGUUUGGAGAAGCUUCAACGGACUUUCAGACCGUGGAUAGUAGCGGUGUUUGGGGGUUUUUGCAGACUUCCCCUGCUUUUUAUGUUUGCGAAGUUCUUUUCUGGUGGUUGCAAGUAUGGACUAUGAGCUUUCUGAUAGUAGUGGUACUGAUGAUGACCUUCCACCAUCACAUCGGAAUAGAUUCCAAAGUGGGGUACGACCUGCUGCAAAUGGAAGAUCUACAGCAGUUGGUUCUGCUUCAUUACCAAGGGCUCAUAGUGAUAUGGAAACUCAAAUACACAACAUUGAGCAAGAAGCAUACACUUCAGUCCUACGGGCAUUUAAAGCACAAUCUGAUGCCAUCACUUGGGAAAAGGAGAGUUUAAUUACAGAACUCAGGAAAGAGUUGAGGGUAUCAGAUGAGGAGCACCGGAAGCUCCUAUCCAGGGUUAAUGCUGAUGACAUGAUCCGCAGAAUAAGGGAAUGGAGAAAGACGAAUGGGCUUCAACCUGGCAUGCCAAACACAGCCCAGCCUGCUCAUGAUCCCACACCUAGUCCUACUGUUUCAGCAUCGCGCAAGAAACCGAAAGCAUCACAAUCAGUUGCUUCAUUGUCUGUAGGUGCACCUUCUCCUGCUUUGCCAUCUUCGCAACCAUCUUCAUCAGCCCUGAGACGGGGACCUCCACCAGGGCCUAGAAGCAAGAAAUCCAAACCAUCCAUGCAGUAUCCUUCCACAGGUUUGACUGGAAGAGCACAAGCUAAUAUUCGGAGUUCUUCGGGUGCAUUUGCCACUGAUGAACCUGCAGAAGCUACCAGUUAUGAUCCAUUGAUUGGAAGGAAAGUUUGGACUCGGUGGCCUGAAGAUAACCAAUAUUAUCAGGCUGUUAUAACCGACUACAAUCCAGUUGAGGGGAGGCAUGCUUUGGUUUAUGAUAUUAAUACUGUGGAUGAAACAUGGGAGUGGGUUAAUCUGAAAGAGAUUUCUCCUGAAGAUAUUAGGUGGGAGGGUGAGAAUCCAGGAAUUUUUCAUAGAGGCAGUCGGCCCGGACCAGGUCGUGGGAAUAAGAAAUCUAUGGCUCGUGGCGGGCCACUUGCUGGUGCAGGAAGAGGUAGAGGGACUAUGAAGGGACAGUCUAGAAAAGAUAUUCCAUUAUCACAAAAUGGUAUUGGAAAAAAGGCUUUAGGGGAUAUUGAGAUACUUCACACAGAUACUCUAAUCAAGGAGGUGGAAAAAGUUUUUGGUGCUAGCCAUCCAGACCCAAUUGAAAUUGAGAAAGCAAAGAAAGUGCUUAAAGAACAUGAACAAGCGCUAGUUGAUGCAAUUGCAAAGCUUGAAGAUGCAUCUGAUGGUGAAAGCGCAGAUGGAGGGCAUCCAUUUUCCCAUGGACAAUCGAUGGACCAAGAUCGAGUAUGGAGAAAGCGGCCGUAUGAUGAGAUGGGUGGUGACGGUAGAGUAUCAGAUAGCAAAAAAAUGGCAAGAGGUGGUAGAGUUGGAUCAGUUGAACAUCAAGAUGAUGGCCAUGAAAUAUAGUGUCAUAGUCUUAUUGCUGAUGUAAUGGACCUUUUUGUAUGGUAGGAUUAUUUUAACGACCGGCCCAGCGUAUGUAGCCCCUGGUUUAUAGUCUUCUGGUUAGGUGGAGUUUGUUCCGUUGUAAUUUUGAUUUCAUUGGAUGUUGGAAAAUACUUGUGUAAAUUAUGUUCACAGUGAAUGACAUUUGCCUGUGCAAAGGUCUCUUUAAAA